CGUAGCGGAGACGGUUGUGUUUUUUUCAGUUGUUCCCUUGCAGUAAGUUUUGUUGAUUUUUUUUUACCUGUUGUGUGGAGACCGUGGCAGCCGGAAGACACACGGACGAAGUUGUUCUGUGCUGUUUUGCAACCAUUUGCCGUCUCGUUCGUUGUUUCCUCCGACACCCGCCGCACGCUGAAAAACAACAGUGCGCGGUGUGCCCAAAACGUGGGUGACGUGAAGUGAAGUGAGGUGCAUAUCCAAAGUACAUACAUUAGUACUGUUGUUAAUUCGGUUGCUACCGUUGGUAGUAGUAUUACCCAAAUACACGUUGGAUAGAGAGAUUACUAUCGCGAUUGCACGGUGACAAACGGAAGAGUCGAGAUAAAUAUCUUUUUUUUCGCAAUUGUCGUUGUUUGCAGUGUAUUUUUUUUCCUCUGCGCCUGCUUUGUUUUCCUGCUUUCAUUCCAUCACUCGAUUUACAUUCAAAUCUUGUGACGUGAAAAGUGAGAAGUGAUUCGUGCAAUUAACCCGCAAAGAAGAGACCAAUAGAGUGUGGAAGGGGUUACCAAGCAAAAAAAGAAAAAGAAAAAAAAGGUGGAACAAAAUCAGCUAUAAGCGGAAAAGAAAAAAAAAGUAAUCACGAAGAAGUGCACUCUCUCGGGCGUGAUCGCGUGGAUGAUCAUCGUUGAAGUGACGCAAAAAGGGAAAAGAGAUUGGUGGGUUCAGGUGUGUGUGGUGCGACACGGGUUGUUGUUUUUUUUUCUUUUUUACUUCGACCGCCACCCGCCGCUGUAUGUGUGUCUCGGCGUGUAUGUGCACCCUGUGAACGGUGGUGGAGCAAAAAACACACACACGGCAGAGGCGAAAGCCGCAGACACAGCGCCAUAGAAGAUCGGAGUUUGCUAUCUAAAUGGAUAAAUUCUGUUGAAGACGUCUUCGUUGUCGUCGUCGUCGUCGUCGUCGUCCGUGUCGGUGUCGAGCGAACGAAACAGGAAUAUAUCGUCAACGGACUGUGUGAGUGUGUGUGUUCGCUAGUGUUGCAAUUUGUUCAACCCUUGCCCGUAGACACGGCACCCGAUCGGAUCGUCAAUUAACGGUUCACGGCUGUCGUCCGCAUUCGUGGUGUCGCAGAACAACACCGCUCCGUAGCUGGAAGAAGUGAUACGAGCAGUACACGAAUCUCCCAGAACCCGAUCAGCAUCCAGCAGUCAGUGUCGGGCGACCUCUAGCAUUUGGCCACCGCGAAAGGGGGAAAAACCCAGGCCACUCGUUCGCGUUACUGCUUGUGGAAUUGACUGCGGGUAUUUGUGUGCUGGUCCUUCCACUAGGAAUGAGUGUUUGUUAGAUAAAGGUGUGAACAGCAAUAACAACGGGAAGAGAAAAGGUUCCCCAAGGUGAACCCCCAACACAGAUUUGUCCGGAGUUUGAAUGCAGAUAAAAAUUGGUUGUAGGUAAAAAAAAGCGAUCGCUCGAUCAAGAUCACCGGUGAUUGCCGUGCUUGUGCCUGUGCCUAUGGCUGUGUAGAGUUGAGUUGAGUUGAGUUGAGUCGAGUCGAGUCGAGGUGAAGAUCGAUGAAAAUUGAAAGUCAUUCCGUUGUUGUUUAGUGCCGAUCGGUCGAUCAGGGUGGAGAGGGGAAUCGAAGGGCAGUGUUUGGUGGAAGCGGUAAAGUGCACAUCAGACGUGCAAUAAGGAAGGGAAUGCUGCUACCGUGAAUUAAUGAUCUGCUGCGUGCAGGUCGUCUUCGUAAGGUGCUAGAGGAAUACGCAAAACAGCAGUGAGUUUUUAAGUGACCUUAACCUUAACCCGAGGAGCCGAAUAUAAGUUUACUUCCGGAACUAAGAGUACCCUGCCUGUGGACUCACGGCAGACAGGACACAGGCCAUCGGUGCUGGCUCGUUAGAGCGUAACUUUGGCGCCAUUGCUGCAACGUACGGCACAGCAUGGGGUCGCAAAACGGGCGGCAGAAGGAUCACGAUCGAUGGAAAGCGAUGUCCUGUAGGAUCAUUGUUGGCGGCGUUCCACCGGUGCUACUGACCGGGUGGUUCUACCUGAUGUUGUUGGCUACGGCCACCACGUCCACAGUUCGAGCAGAAUCCAAAUUAGAGUUAGGUGGCAGUAUAUAUAGGAAUGAAACCGACGUGCCAUGUCCAUCGUGGACGUUUCGAUGCCCGGAGGGCAAGUGCAUCCCCCAGACAUCGGUGUGCAACUAUCAGAAAGAUUGCGAGAAAGGCGAAGAUGAGUUCAACCACUGUCCUCCCCCGGAAUGUGAGCCGGGCCAGAUUAGCUGUGGGCAGUACGUGUUCAACAAGACGUACUGCAUACCGCCGCACUACAAGUGCGACAUGACCGUGGACUGUGUGGACGGAACGGACGAAUCCGACUGCACGUAUCGCAAGUGUCAGCAGGAUGACAUCCACUGUGGGACGCUGGCCCAGUCGGUUUCGGUGAAUGGUCGCGUUGCCGAUAUUUGUGUGCCAAAAGAGAAGAAAUGCGACGGUUAUUUGGACUGUCGUACCGGUGUGGACGAGGACGGCUGUUCCGGGAUUGCCUGCCGGCUGGACCAGUUCCGGUGCGCGAACGGAUUGCGGUGUAUCGAUACGGCACUGAAGUGCAACCACAAGAACGAUUGCGGUGAUAACUCCGACGAGCAGAACUGCAAUUUCCCGCCUUGUCACGGUGGUCAGUUCCGGUGUUCGAAUUCCCUGUGUAUUCCGGCAACCUUCCACUGCGAUGGUUAUCACGACUGUUCGGACGAAAGUGACGAAGCAAAUUGCACGGCCAUCGCCUGUCCCGAUAACAAGUUCCUCUGUCCCCGGGGCGGACAAAAUGGGCAACCGAAGUGUAUUGCCAAGACGAAACUGUGCGACGGCAAACGGGACUGUGAGGAUGGAACCGACGAGGAAACUGCUUGCUCUACCACAUCUUGUCCCGCACUGGGUUGUGGAUAUAAAUGUGGACCAUCGCUGACCGGAGGUUUAUGCUACUGUCCACCGGGGCGAACCCUUUCGGCCGAUAACCGUACCUGUAGCGAUCUUGAUGAGUGUAACGUUUGGGGUCACUGCGAUCAGCUUUGCACCAACACGGACGGAUCGUUUUCCUGUGCCUGUGCCAACGGUUAUCAGCUGAUGGACAAGUCCCGUUGUGUGGCACCGACGGCCGCUCGUUUGGAGUUGAUUUUUGCGUACGAUCGAGCGAUAGUUCGGAUGAGUUCACACGGUCAAGACUUCCGAACGAUCGCCAACGCUACCGGAGCUAGUGGUUUGGCGUAUCAUUACGGUAAAAACCUGCUGUUUUGGUCGGACAUUAAGACCAGGAAGGUGCAGUCCCAGGUUCUCAUGGACGGUGGAUACGGUGGACAUGACUUCACACUACCCGGAACGUGGGCCCCGGUUGCCAUAGCGAUCGAUUGGAUCGGUGAUAAGCUGUACGUUGCGGAUUUGGUUGGUCAGAAGGUUGAUGUGUUCGAACUCGACGGACGGUGGCAUGCCGUUGUGCUGGGAUCUAAUUUGACCAGUCCGGCUGAUCUUGCACUUGAUCCCACGUCCGGUUUGAUGUUCGUCGCCGACGGAAGUCAUGUGCUGCGAGCUCACAUGGAUGGUACUCACGCAAAAUCGAUUGUAUCGGAGGCAGCCUACAAAGCGUCCGGCGUAGCGGUCGACGUUAUUGCCAAACGGGUCUUCUGGUGUGAUUCGUUGCUAGACUACAUUGAAUCGGUGAACUAUGACGGUGAAUAUCGGGUCAUGAUUUUACGUGGCCAACAGGUACCCAGCCCGUCACGAUUGGCUCUGUUCGAAAACCGCGUCUUCUGGACGGAUGCCACCAAACAGGGUAUCAUGUCGGUGGACAAAUUCGAGGGCUCAUCCAGUAUCCAGUCAAUAUUUAAAGCAAAAGAUAUCCGAGAACCGAAAGCGAUCGUCACCGUUCAUCAGCUGACCCAACCGAUGGUAUCGAACCCCUGUGGAAGCAACAAUGGCGGCUGUUCGCAGAUGUGCGUCGUUACUGCCGUACAAGGAGCUCCCUCCGGGCUUGGGUAUCGUUGUGCCUGCCAUAUCGGGUGGCAACUGUCCAAAGAUUUGAUGAACUGCCAUCUGGUGCGAGAAUUCCUGAUGUACUCUCAGCAACGUUUCAUCAAAGGUAAAGUUUUGGAUCCAGUUAUCGAAGGUUUCAGUGAUGCCAUCCUACCGGUGGUGUCCCGGCGGGCACGAUUCGUCGGUCUUGAUUUUGACGUCGUUGACGAACACAUCUACUAUUCGGACGUGCUACAGGACGUUAUCUAUCGAGUGCACCGCAACGGAACUGGUCGUGAAAUUGUGCUUGCUUCGCAGAACGAAGGCGUCGAAGGUUUGGCGGUUGAUUGGGUAUCGAAGAAUCUGUACUACAUCGACAGUCGCAAGGGUACUCUGAACGUACUGUCCACCAGAACCGUAAGCUAUCGACGGACACUGUUGAAGAAUCUAAAACGACCCCGUGCCAUUGUGGUACACCCGAAUAAAGGAUUCAUCUAUUUCUCCGAGUGGGAUCGACCGGCCAACAUAAGUCGCGCCAAUUCGGAUGGUUCGGGUUUGAUGGUUUUCAAGAACGUUACGCUCGGUUGGCCGAACGGUCUUUCGAUCGAUUUUCAAGAGGAUCGUGUCUACUGGUGUGAUGCUUUGCUGGAUCACGUGCAGCACUCGAACCUCGACGGAACGGACAUUAGAACUGUGAACUCACGGUUGAUUCGACAUCCGUUCUCGAUAGUCAUCCACCAGGACUGGAUGUACAUCACCGAUUGGCGACUGGAUGCGAUCGUACGGCUCAAUAAGUUAACGGGCGAACAGGAGGAAAUUAUGGUCCGGGAACCACAAACCAAUCGGCUGUACGGGGUGAAAGUCUACAGCCGUUCAAGUCAGAUUGUUGAUUCGGCACAGCCGUGUUCCGUCAACAAUGGUGGAUGUGAGAAAUUGUGCUUUGCUGUGCCGCGGAAUGAAUCCGACGGGCUGACGGUGAAAUGUGGUUGCCCGUAUGGUGAACGGCUUGGGGAUGACGGCAGAAGCUGUUUCGCUGAUCCGAACGCUGAACCACCGGUGCAAUCGUGUCCGAAUACGUGGGAUUUCACCUGUAACAAUCAGCGCUGCAUACCGAAGAGUUGGAUUUGCGAUGGAGAUGAUGACUGUCUGGACAACAGCGACGAAGAGCAGAACUGUACGAAACCAACGUGCGGUGCGAACGAGUUCCAGUGUAAAUCGGGUCGUUGCAUCCCGCUGAACUUCCGGUGCGAUCACGAGAACGACUGCGGUGACCAUUCGGAUGAGUUCGAGUGUGGCAAUGUGACGUGUGCGGCUUCGCAGUUUGCCUGUGAGAAUGGACGGUGCAUUCCGAACAUCUGGAAGUGUGACAGCGAAAAUGACUGCGGGGACGGUUCGGACGAGGGUGAUUUCUGUGCCGAGAAAACCUGUGCGUACUUCCAGUUCACUUGUCCCCGGACGGGGCACUGCAUACCGCAGAGCUGGGUAUGCGACGGCGAUGACGACUGUUUCGAUAAACAGGACGAGAAGGACUGUCCACCGAUUACGUGCCUAGCCAAUCAGUUCAAGUGUAAUGAUUUGCGACAGUGUGUCGAAGAGACGUACAAGUGCGAUGGGAUACCGGAUUGUAACGAUGGUAGCGAUGAGCUGGGAUGUCCCACGACGGAACCGAAUCAGUGCAAUAUGGAGAAACACUUCCGGUGUAAGUCUUCGGGGGUUUGUAUUCCGGUUUCGUGGCACUGUGAUGGAUCCAACGAUUGCGAGGAUCAUUCGGAUGAGGAGGAAUGUGGAAAGAUUACCUGUCCGAACAAUUUCUACAAAUGUAAAAAUUCCAAAUGCGUCUAUAAGUCUUAUAUUUGUGAUGGUAAAGAUGAUUGCGGCGACAAUUCGGAUGAGGGUGUCGAGCAUGCUUGCAUAACUCCACCGCAGAGAUGUCCGCAUGGACAGUGGGCAUGUCCGGGAAUCACCGGACGGUGUGUGAAUUUAACUUCGGUGUGUGACGACGUAGAAGACUGUCCCAAUGGUGCCGACGAGGGGCUGGGUUGUGAUUUAGCCCAGUGUCAGCACCAAUCCGGAUUGUGUUCCAAUGGAUGCCAGAAGACUCCACUGGGAGCUCUGUGCAUUUGUCCACCCGGUGAGGAACUUGCUCCGGAUAAUUUCACUUGCAGAGAUCUGAAUGAAUGCGAUCCUCCGGGACUGUGUUCGCAGAUCUGCACCAACACCAAGGGAUCGUAUUUCUGUUCCUGUAAGGAUGGCUACAUUCUGGAGCCGAACAAGCAUACCUGCAAGGCCGUUAAUCAUUCCUCCGCCUUCCUGAUCAUCUCCAACCGUCACUCAAUUUUGGUCGCAGAUCUGAACGAACAGGGUUUGGAGCGGGUCCCGAUAAUUGUAGAAAAUGUUGUGGCAACCGCAUCCAAUAUGCACACGGGAACGAUUUUCUGGAGUGACAUGAAACUUAAGAAGAUUUCCCGGUUGGAUCGUGGUCAGGAACCGCAGGAAAUCAUUUCCACCGGAUUGGAUCUGGUGGAAGGUUUAGCAUACGAUUGGAUCGGCCAAAAUCUGUACUGGCUCGACAGCAAACUGAACACGAUCGAGGUAUGCAACGAAAACGGCUCCAACCGAUUGGUUCUGGUCCGGGAAAAUAUCACUCAACCGCGUGGUAUGUGCCUGGAUCCAAGCGCGAAUGCCAAAUGGCUCUUCUGGACCGAUUGGGGUGAGAACCCUCGGAUCGAGCGUAUCGGCAUGGACGGGACCAUGCGACAAACCAUCAUCAACACCAAAAUCUACUGGCCCAACGGGUUAACACUGGACAUCGCAACGCAGCGAGUUUAUUUUGCCGACUCGAAGUUAGAUUUCAUCGAUUUCUGCUACUACAAUGGAACGGGUCGUCAGCAGGUGCUAGCCGCCAGUCACUAUCUGCUUCAUGCUCACUCGCUUUCACUGUUCGAGGACACGCUGUACUGGACGGACCGUCAGCUGAAUCGUGUUCUAUCGGCCAACAAAUUCAUCGGAACGAACCAAACCGUAGUCAGUCAUCUGAUCUCGCAACCUCUGUCGAUCCACGUGCAUCAUCCUUCGCUGCAACCGUUGUACGAAAGCCCCUGUAAGGUGGCCACUUGUCAGCACAUUUGCUUGCUUAGUCCAUCGGAGAAGACGGGUUAUUCGUGCAAGUGCAAACCGGGCUACAAACUGAUCGCGGAAGGUGGACGGUGCGUGGAGGAGGAAAAUUCCUACCUGAUGGUGCUGAAGGGUAAUCAGAUUGUCGAUAUUCCGUUCAACGGAGGAGACAUCCGGGCGGGAAGUUUGAUUCCGGUGGUCGGAAUCGAAGGUGGCAUCAGUUUGGACUACGAUCGGAAGGGUGAAACGUUGUUCUGGGUACAGGGCAAAGAGGAUGAUGAUGAAAAUUGUACGAUUUUCACUAGCCCUUACGGAGGUGGCAACAAAACGGAGUUCCUGGGACUGGACAACGGAUUGGUGGGGGCUGCUUACACGAUUGCGUUUGAUUGGAUCGGUAGGAAUCUGUUUAUUGGAAAUAGAAUUGCCAGCAACAUCGAAGCCAUCAACGUCGAUGGGAAGGUUAAGUACCGAACGGUCGUCCUGGUCAACGAUGGUAACAAGACUUCGGUUUCCAAGCCGAAACAGAUUGCGUUGGAUCCGACGAGUGGAAAACUGUUCUGGAUUGACGAGGGAGGAUUCGGGGUUCCGACCAAGGUCGCCAUGGCCAACAUGGACGGGUCGAACCCUACGAUAUUGGACGACACGAUCCAAUAUCCGGAAUCGAUAACCGUCGACGUGGACAAACGGAUGGUGUACUACAGUUCGCAAUAUCCGCCGGCCAUCAUGUCGAUCGACUACGACAAGAGUAACAAAAAGACUAUCCUCAACGAAGAACAUUCGAUUUCGAAACCUAGGGGUCUGGGAGUUUUGGAGUCUAGACUGUACUUCAUGGAUCCUACUUAUGAGAAAAUCGUUCGGGUAGACUUGCCCAACGGAGAUAACGCCAAGACUAUACUGGACAACGAACCGGAUUUGAAAAACAUGAUCAUCUACAGAAAGCGAUCGAUGCUACAGCAUCCCUGUACGAUGAGCAAUGGAGGCUGCGAACAUAUCUGCAUCCCACGGGAGAACAGUGCUCGGGUUUGUGCUUGCGGAAUCGGUUACAAGAAGGAAAACGAGGUUGCCUGUACUCCGUUUAAAACGUUUGCCGUCGUAUCUCAGCUCGAUAUGACCCGGGGUUACAGUUUGCGGGAUAGCUCGGAAGCCAUGGUACCCAUCACUGGGUCCGGUCAUCACAUUCUACAUGUGGACAUCCUAUACCGAGAGUCGUGGAUCUACUGGGUGGAAUACAACCGUGGUCACUGGAAUGGGAUAUUCCGAAUUCGUCCAAACGGAACGGAACUUCAGAGCGUGGUCAAGGAAGGUAUUGGAAGCAAUGGAAUUCGUGGAAUUGCCAUUGACUGGGUCGCUGGAAACAUGUACUUUACGAAUGUAUUUCCCCAUGAAAAUUACGUCGAGGUCAGCUGGUUGGAUGGAACGCAUCGGAAAAUAAUCGUCAAAACUACCAACGACGCCCCCCGGGAGUUAGCGGUGAACCCCAUCAAGCGGUUGCUCUACUGGAUUGACUAUGGUCAAUAUCCUAGAAUCGGCAAGUGUUACUUGGAUGGAUCGAACUGGACUCCGGUUGUAACGUCUGGAAUUUCCAACCCACGGGAUUUAACCGUUGAUAUGCUAACUCACGACGUCUACUGGGUGGAUUCCAAACUGGACAUGAUCCAGAAAAUAUCUUACAACGGUGGUAAUCGACAGGUGAUUCGUCGAAAUCUGGCCAAUCCAAUGGCGAUCGCUGUAUUCCUGAACGAAAUCUACUGGGUCGAUCGAAACCUGUUGACGGUGUUCAAGGCAUCGAAGUUCCCGGAAAACACCACCCUUCCGGAGAAGGUACGAACCAAUCUGCAGAAGCUACGGGACAUUGCUAUCUACGACAUCAACAAUCAACCCAUGGACGAUAACAACCCGUGUCUACGACUCGGAAACGGUGGUUGUGAUCAGUUGUGCUUUAGUUUUCCUCCGGAGUACAAUCAGAAGCCUAGCUUCAAGUGUGACUGUGCGGUUGGUCGGCUAUCGACGGAUGGUCGUCGCUGUGAACUCACCGAUGAGUACGUUGUUUUCUCCACCCGAACCGAAAUCCGAGCGAUCGAGCUGGAUCAUACCUCGACGAAUGUCCCGUUCGCACCGGUCGUCAAUUUAACGAACGUCGUCGGGUUGGACUUCGACUACGCCGACAACAAACUGUUCUUCACACAGAUUAGACCUUGGGCCAAGAUCGCCUAUACGAAAGGUGAUAAACCGGAUGUGGCCAGUAUUACACCGAUAAUCUCGCGCGGAAUCAAUCCGGAAGGUGUGGCGUACGAUUGGACGCAGAAGAAAAUCUACUGGACGGACAGUUCGAAUAAUUCGAUCUAUGCGAUGAACCUGGACGGAUCGGAUCUGGUGAUGAUCACGCGAGUUGAACGACCCCGCGCGAUCGUGUUGGAUCCCUGCAAUGGAACACUGUACUUCACCGAUUGGGGACGAUUCGGAACGUCCGGUAAAAUCUUCCGAACGACGAUGGCUGGUUCGUUGAAGCGUGCUAUUAUCGAUAAGGAUCUAUCGCAACCGAGCGGUUUGGCGAUCGAUUACGAUGAACGAAUGCUGUACUGGACGGAUGCGGUUCGGGAGAAGAUCGAACGUUCGAAACUGGACGGCAAGAAUCGUGAGGUGCUGGUUUCAGCAACGAUCUACCCAUUCGCGAUCACCGUAUUCCGAAACUACAUCUACUGGACGGAUCUUCAGUUGCGGGGAGUCUACCGAGCGGAGAAACAUACCGGUGCAAACAUGAUUGAGAUGGUCAAACGACUGGAAGAUUCUCCGAGAGAUAUUCACGUGUAUAGUCACAGUCGGCAACAGUGUCAGGCAAAUCCGUGCUUGCAGAAUAACGGUGGAUGUGCCCAGAGUUGCCAUCCGGGAUUGAAUGGUAAGGCCGAGUGUAAAUGCGACGAUUCAACGAAACCGGUCAACGAAGGACGCAUGUGUGCGCCGAAGAACCAUACCUGCGAUUCCAGCAAGUUCUACUGUCAAAACGGAAAGUGUAUCUCGCGGAUGUGGUCUUGCGAUGGUGACGACGAUUGUGGUGACAAUUCCGACGAAGACGUGAACUACUGUGCGUUCCAUUCUUGCGGACCAAAUGAGUUCCGGUGUAACAACGGUCGGUGUAUCUUCAAGUCGUGGAAAUGUGAUCACGAGAAUGACUGUAAGGACGGGUCGGAUGAGGAAAAUUGCUCGUAUCCACCUUGCGUCGAUGGAGAGUUCACCUGUUUGAAUGGGCGCUGUAUUCCGCAGAGUCAGGUCUGUAAUGGUGUUAACGAUUGCAAGGACAAUGCAACGUCGGAUGAAACGCACGAACGUUGCCCGAAGAACACGACCUGUCCGGUCAAUCAUCUGAAGUGUGACAAGACGAAUAUCUGCGUCGAACCGUAUUGGCUGUGCGAUGGAGAUAACGAUUGCGGUGAUAAUUCGGAUGAAGAUCCGUUACACUGUGCGCAGCGUACGUGUCCCCAGAAUAGCUUCCGUUGUCCGAACCAUCGAUGUAUCCCGGCUACCUGGUACUGCGAUGGGGAUGACGAUUGUGGCGAUGGUGCUGACGAACCGCCAGAGUACUGCAAAUCGGAAGGUCGAACGUGCUUCGGUGACUUGUUCACUUGUGACAAUGGCAACUGUAUUCCACGGAUUUACAUCUGCGAUGGUGAUAACGAUUGUCUGGAUAACAGUGACGAAGAUAAUAGGCAUCAGUGCAAUGAUCGAAAGUGUGACGAAGAAACGGAGUUUACCUGUCAGGAGAACAAGGCUUGGGCUCGGGCGCAGUGCAUCCCGAAGAAGUGGAUCUGCGACGGUGAUCCGGAUUGUGUUGAUGGGGCUGAUGAAAAUACGACACUGCAUAACUGUCCAACGCCGCAACCUUGUGGCGAUGAUCAGUUUACCUGUGCUAACGGCAGAUGUAUCAAUCAGGGAUGGGUUUGCGAUCAUGACAACGAUUGUGGGGAUGGUUCCGACGAAGGCAAGAAGUGUAACAGCCAGUAUAAGACCUGUUCGACGCAGGAGUUCACCUGUCAGAACUUCAAGUGCGUACGGAAUCAGUAUCGGUGCGAUGGCGAAGAUGAUUGCGGUGAUCACAGCGAUGAGGUCGGUUGUGUCAAGGAAAAUAACACGUGUGCGGAUGGCAAGUUUACUUGCAACAAUGGUCAGUGCAUCGACUAUCAUCUGGUGUGCAAUAAGGUGCCGGACUGUUCGGAUGAAUCGGAUGAACCGCUGCACUGCAACGUGGACGAGUGCGCCAAGGUGGAGAUUCAUCGGUGUGGCCACAAAUGUGUGGAUACUUUGACCGGAUACUACUGCGAUUGCAAUCAGGGUUACAAACUGCUAGAGGAUGGCAAAGCCUGUGCCGACAUAGACGAGUGUAUCGAAACGCCCGGUGUCUGCUCGCAGCACUGUUCCAAUACACCGGGAGGCUUCUACUGUAAGUGCGACGAGCGGUACUACGAGCGGCAGAACGAUGAGCACACGUGCAAACGCAAGGACGCGAUCGAACCGUGGUUGAUCUUCAGCAACAAGUACUAUGUGCGGAACAUGUCCAUCGACGGUCACCAGUACAACCUGAUCCAUCAGGAUCUGAUGAAUGUGGUCGCGAUCGAUUUCGAUUACCAGGCCCAGGAGAUGUACUUCUGCGAUGUGACGGCAAAGACGAUCUUCAAAUCGAAGUUUUCUUCGGUCCGGAAUGACCUGAAGAUUGAGAAGAUACCGGUGGUCAAGCAUGACUCGCACGGCCUGGAAGGUAUCGCCAUUGAUUGGGUAGGCCGUAAGCUGUACUGGCUCGAUCGACAUUCGAAGAACCUGGAUGUAGCGGAACUUGACGGUACGAAGCGGAAAACGUUAAAGAGUGGAGUUGUUGAUCCGCGAGCGAUCGUUGUCCAUCCGGGAAUUGGUUAUCUGUACUUCACUUCGUGGCAUCUGCAGUCGUACAUUGCUAAAAUGGGUAUGGAUGGAUCGAAUUUCACUCGAAUUCUCACCUGGGAAGACGAUAUCGCUUGGCCGAACGCACUGACGAUCGAUUAUUUCACCGAUCGCAUCUACUGGGCCGAUGCUCACUUGGACUAUAUUGCGUUCGCCGAUCUAGAGGGACGACACCGACACGUGGUUCUGUCCGGUAACAAGGUUCCGCACAUCUUUGCCUUAUCGAUCUUCGACGACAUGCUGUACUGGACCGAUUGGAAUAUGAAGGCGAUCAUUCGGGCGAAUAAAUUCACUGGUCAGAACUUUACCAUUAUCAGAAACACUACGCAUCGGCCGUACGAUGUCCACAUAAGCCACCCCUUGCGACAGAUACCCUACGGCAAUCCAUGCGGAACGACCAACGGUGGCUGUACCCAUCUGUGUCUGCUGGCACCGCCACUGGAGUCGACCUAUCUGAACGUGGAAGGUUACAUCGAGGAGGGAGCCCCGAGUUACAAAUGUGCCUGUCCGAAUCAGUUCUAUCUGGCUCGGGAUAUGAAGACUUGCAUUGCGAACUGUACGACCGGACAACAUCGGUGCGGUGGAACCGACGAGAAGUGUAUUCCAUGGUUCUGGAAAUGUGAUGGGGAACCGGAUUGCAAGGAUCGAUCGGAUGAGCCGGAAUCCUGUCCGGCUAGACACUGCCGGGCCGGAACGUUCCAGUGUGGCAACGGUAACUGCACUCCGUCGACGACGAUCUGCGACGGAACGGACGACUGCGGGGAUGGCAGCGAUGAGCAGAAUUGUGAUCUACCCUGUCCGGUGUCGGACUUCAAGUGUCGAGCCAGCGGUCGAUGUAUUCUGGACAGCUGGAAGUGUGACGGCGAUGCGGACUGUAAGGACGGUAGUGACGAGGAUCCGGAGAUUUGUCAUAAACGGGCGUGUGAUCCGGAGACGGAAUUCAGCUGCAAGAAUGGUCGCUGCAUACCGAAGCUGUGGAUGUGUGAUUUCGAUAACGACUGCGGUGACGAUUCGGAUGAACCGGCUUACAUGUGCCGUCAGAGGAAUUGCACGACCGGAUGGUCUCGCUGUCCGGGACAGUCCAACUAUCGGUGCAUUCCGAAAUGGUUGUUCUGCGACGGUAAGGACGACUGCCGGGAUAAUAGUGACGAACUGCCGGAGAACUGUCCCAAGUGCAAUGCCGAGACGGACUACAAGUGCAACAAUAACCGGUGUAUUCCAAAACAGUGGAUGUGCGACUUUGCCGACGACUGCGGUGACGGUAGUGACGAAACGGAAGCACACUGCAAAGGUAGAUUCCGAGAGUGUUCGGAGUCGGAGUUCCGCUGCGGAAAUGGUAAAUGUAUUUCGAGCCGGUGGCGGUGCGAUCACGAAGAUGACUGCGGUGACAACAGCGACGAGUUCAACUGUGAAGGAUUCCAGUGUAAGAAUGGAACGUUCCAGUGUACCUCGGGCCACUGUAUUGCUUCGUACUUCCGGUGUGAUGGUGAUCGUGACUGUCGCGAUAUGUCGGAUGAGAUUGGCUGUCCACCGCGGUACCCGGGCGGACGGUACUGCCCGGAGUCUCGGUUCCAGUGUACGAACAAUCUGUGCGUUUCGCCGUCGGAUCUUUGCGACGGUACGGACGAUUGUGGGGAUAAUUCGGAUGAAGCUUCUUCGGUUUGUACGAACUUCACUUGCGAUACGCUGCGGAGGUUCCAGUGUGCGAACCAUCGGUGCGUUGCCCGGUACCAGACUUGCGAUGGCGUUGAUAACUGCGGUGACGGUUCGGAUGAAAACAAUAUGACACUUUGCGCUGCUAGAGUGAAACCGUGCGAUCUCUACACGCAGUAUCAGUGUGCGAACAAGAAAUGUAUCGAUCGGACGCAGAUUUGCGAUUACGCGGAUGAUUGCGGCGACAAUUCCGAUGAGCUGGGAUGUCAUCAUACGAGCACGUGUUCGGCAUUGACCAAGGGAGGUUGUGAACAUCACUGUAUGAAUUUAACCGAUGGAGGGUACAUUUGUGCGUGCUAUCCUGGGUUCAUUAUUGAUGCGGAGAAUAAAAAACACUGCUUGGAUAUUGAUGAGUGUGCCACGGGCACGCAUAGAUGCUCGCAGAUGUGUACCAACAUGAAUGGAACGUACGCUUGCUCGUGUCGGGAUGGUUUCCGACUUGUGGACGCGGUAUCUGGUGACUGUAAGGCACUGAAGGACGAUACUUUGGUGGUAUUUAGUAGUGGUUCGGAGAUACGAGCCUACGAUCUGCAGAUGAACGAUCAGUUUGAUGUUAUUUUCGGAGAAAAGAGAAUUGAAGCCCUGGACUACAAUCCGGCCUCGCAGAUGAUCUUCUGGGCAGAUAGUUAUGAUAAAACGAUCAAGCGAAGCUACAUGGUGAAUGCGUUGAACGGCGAAGCCAAGAUCGGUUUCGCACAGGAUUUGAACAUGAAAGGAAACUCGAAAACUACGGCGUUGGCAGUUGAUUGGGUCGCUGACAAUCUGUACUGGGCGGAAACGGACCGGACAGGUUCCAAACCUCGUGGUAGAAUUAUGGUGGCGAAAACCGACGGACGAUAUCGUCGGGCUUUGGCCAAUGCUGGACUGGAGAUUCCAACGUCGAUUGCGGUCGAUCCACAGCUUGGCCGUAUGUUCUGGGCGGAUGCUGGUUCAGCUCCGAAGAUCGAGGUUUCCUGGAUGGACGGUUCGAAGCGCCGACCGUUGAUAACCGAAGCCAUUCGACAUCCGGCUGGGCUAACCAUCGAUUACUCCCAGGAUCACAUGGUAUACUGGGUGGACACCAAACUGAACACCAUCGAGGUCAUGCGGCCGGACGGGUCGAUGCGUAAAGCUAUCCUCAAAGGUGAAAUGCUCAAACAUCCGGUUUCGUUGGAUGUUUUCGAAUCGUAUCUGUACUGGAUUACCCGGGACACCGGUGAACUGUUGCGGCAGGAUAAGUUCGGCCGGGGAGUGCAGUUUGUCGUGCAGAGAAGCCUCGCCAAUCUUUCCGGUUUGAAGGUCUACCACGAACUUCGUUACAAUACCUCGCUCAACAAUCCAUGCUUCACCAAUCCGUGCUCUCAUCUAUGCCUGCUCGUCCCCGGUGGUAGACGUUGCUCUUGCCCGGACAACACAGUGCAACAGGUGUCCCACCGUAGCACUGCGGAAGUUAUUUGCGAUGCACCUGCCGAACGACCACGACCUUCACCACGGGUGUGUCCCUGUCAGAACGGUGGUCUCUGCAAGGAGGACGACACCGGAAACGAUUUGGUGUGUGCCUGUCUGCCCGAGUUUACCGGAGUGCACUGUGAGUUCUACAGCGAGCGAAUGUUCGGAUCCAGUCCUGGCAGUGCCGCGUCCAUCUACAUUCCGAUCCUGGUAGCCAUCCUGAUAGCAGCGACCGUGGGCUCGUACUUCAUCAUCAAGAAGCGACCAUUCGGAAAACCAAGCCUUACAUCAUCCCAGAGCGUCUCGUUCCGGCCCGGUACGAACGUUGAGUUCAAUUCGGCCGAAUUUCCAUCCGGUCGUCCGGCGACCGGGGUGCUACCGGCAGGCGGUGGCGUAGCUCCCCUCGACGGCUACAGUCUGGACACGUUGAACAACAAGACCACCGACUUCAGCAAUCCGAUGUACGAUGCGGUCCAGUCCGGUACGAACGAUCCCAGUAUCGGAAAUGGUUCAGGUAUCUACGAAGUCCCGUCGGAUGUGACGGCCAAGGGUGGCAAAGGGGCAGCGGCGACCAUUGGGCCCUUCACGGAACCGGUGUCCGCAAUUCUGGCGCCCAGCAGUAUAACGCAUCGUACGUCACCUCAGUUGCACCUGCGCCCGAAAGAGCUCAGCCCGUCGUCGCAUGACACCGGCAAAGAUACCCAACUGCUGGUGGAGGAAGAGGAGGACAAGUCCGAGUGCUGAUGAGCGGCGGCGGCGGCGGUGACAUAUCAAAAACAUACACAAUGGAGAGUGAUUGAGAACGAUUUGAGAGAGACCGAGAGAGUUAGAAAGAGAGAGAAAACCCGUACACAUUACAGGCGAGCGUCUAAUCGCACAAUAUUCUGGGUUAAACGCAAGCAAGUAAUAUUUAUAUUAGUUUUUUUUGUUGUUGAUUGGAGCCAAGCUCAAGCGAAAUGCUAAUUCACCGGUCCGGUUUUUGUUUUUAUUCCGGAUGGGCUUUCGCCAAUAACGUGCGAUCGCGACACGGACGACACGCACACAGAUGCAAGCAAACACUGAAUCAUUCCCGGUUGAAAGUUUAUUUUUUUAAAUAUCUAAUAUAUCUAUGCAUAAAAGUGGUACGGACAGAGAAACCGGCAUCAGGCAAACGGAAUAGGAUGUACAUGAAAGAGUUCUGAAAGCGUUUGUACAUAGACUUUAAAUGUAGUAUCGUUAAAUUUUACAAAAUUGAUAUUUAUAUACAAACUAUAUAAAGACGGAGCUGAUAAUUUCAAGUUAAAACGCAGAAGGAAAGGCUAGUUUUAAUUGGUUUUUAUGUUGUUAAUGGCAAACACACACAAACAAACACACACCCACAAGGGGUCCAAGAGAUAUCAAAAUUUUUAAGGCGCGUUUUGAACAGUAUACAGCUGCUUUUAUAAAGAAUCGUAACAUUUGAUGACUGAUCGUGCAAUCUGAAACAAGUGAGUGAGUGAUUGAGAAAGAUAGAGAGAGAGAGAGAGAGAGAGAGAAAAACUAAUCGACAAUUGACAUGAUAUUGUUUGAAUUGCUAUACUGACGGACGGCCGAUAGUUAAGCUGCCCGAACGAUCGGAUAGGCGAACUCGUAUAUAUUUAUCAGAGAGGUGAUAUUUUCAUAUAUGAUUAUACAAAACUUUCCUACUUUAGAAAAGAAAAAAAAACAAACACCAACACGCUCACGUGCGCACAGAAACAUACACAAACACACAUCCAAACACGCGCACUCAUACCAGUCCGGUGAAGUAUUGUGGGAUUUCCACCCAAAUCGAGCAGCUAAUCCGUCCAAAACGAGAAACGAAACAUUCCAUUAUUCGGUGGUUCUAGUGUAGGAAAAUCGCAGGCGGAAGCGGAAAUCGAAAAGCUCUAAAGUGUCUUGAUAUAGCCAAUAAUACCAGAACUGAAUGAAUCACGAGCAAACUACCCCGCGCAUGUUAGGAACAAACUAAGUAAAAAAAAACUAUUCUAAAAACCAACUGAGGUAUCACAAGUCUAUAGUUUUUAACUGAAAAGUAUUCUUAUUCUAAUACUAAUACAGCAAAAUGCUUGGCAGUGGAAGCCGAGUAUGGACAAUGGAUCUGAGAGUGAAAACAGAAAACCUGUUGACCAAGUCGUGUAACUGAAAGUGAUUUCCUAUAUUUUUUUUUGUUUUUACUAAGAAUCAAACUAGCGAAACAUUCCUGGGGAGGUGUAUAGAAGAACCCCUUCCCAGUAGACAGACCGGCACCACUUUCAAGAACCAGCGUUGCCCGAACUGUGCAGGUGAAUAUGAGGGCGCUGAAAGCAAUAUGACCCAGCAAUACCCGAAAUUCGAUUGAGGGAAGUAGGGGUGUAAAAAGAACUACACGGUUGAAAACAGUUUAAGCGAGCAAGAAAAAAAAACGCAAUGCAGAGGUAAAUAUUUUAAAGAACUGUUUUAAAUAAAAGUAUUUUAAAGACAAA